AAACGGAACAAGAUGGAUUUUUGCACAACGUGAGCCACACUAGAGGACGUUAUUUUGACUGCACAGCGCCAGGAUGUCCGGUGUGCCUCUGGUGGACCACAAUGACACGGGACUCGCUCCGGUGGCAGAUAACGGGACUUUUCUUCUGCGCUUCUCCCCGACCUCGCCCUCCACGUCUGCGGCCGCGUCCUCCCCUGGCAGGCCGGGGAAUGUUUACGUGUACGUGUGGCUGUUCCUGGGGCUCUUGGUGCUCCUUCUGACCCUGCUCGUCAUCUCUCUGCACCGGCUGAAAAACAUCAUCGGGUCGGCGUCUCCUGUCCCGGACUGUAGCAGCGAGGCGGGCAGCUCCUUCACCAACAUGGAGAUCUGCAGCAUCUCCUCGCAGCGCUCCACCAUCUCCACUCUGUCCCAGUAGAGAGGGCGCUUUGGAAAGACUGCUUUAUAAUGGCAUAGACUGGUUCAUUCAUGCAUGAGACAACGCCACAAAACUAUCCCAAAUUCCUCCUGCAUGUAAGCCCAUAGGAGUAGGUGGUCACUAUGGUAAUGUUGGCAAAGUUUGUGAAGUAAAAUAAAGUGUUAAUAUUGGUCAUUUGGACUUGACUUGAUGGUCAAAAAGGGCCCCACUUUUCACUUCAGGGGCCCCAAAAGAUGAGUACAGGUUUACUGCUAAUAUGGUUAUUCAUAUUCUUCUUGAUGUACACAUUUUUUUCUUUGCCAAAAUUUAGAGGACAGUUUUCCC